AACAAGCAUGAGAGUUCAAAAUCUCGUCAAAUUUUGAAGAAAAUCAGUGAAAAACGGAGAAAAUUUAUCAAAAUUCGUUUAAAUAAAAACCCGGAAAAGUUCAAUUUUCAUCAAAAACAGGAAAUUAUCGUGAAAUUCUGUGAAAAAGUCAAUUUCGGUGAACUUCACGUGGAUCAACAACAUGCCAGAAGACCACGAAAACACUUCAUCCGACGAGGAACAAGAAGUUUCUGACGUUGAAAUGAACGAGGAAGUCGCCGAUGUCGAAAUGGAAGACUCAAAUGAAGAAGUUACCGAUUCUGAGGACGACGAUGAGCAAAAAAAGGAAGCCAACGACGACGAAGAGCAAGAAGAAGAAGCCAACGACAACGAUGAGCAAGAAGAAGAAGAGUUGGAAGAGUUGGACGACGAAGAGCAAGAAGAAGAAGAAGCCAACGACGACGAAGACACAAAACCCGACACGGAAUCUGUCGUUCAUCGCAACAUUUACGUCCAAUUUCCGCGAAAACGACCAGAAAAUGCCGAAACGGAACUCCUCAAAGUCUCCGACAAGAUCAAAUACAUUCGUUUUCCGCGCCAGAAGAAGGCCCGUUUCUGUUACGUGCAUUGCGAGACGGAAGCCGAUGCCAUUGACGUCGAAAAAGUCCUUCGCACCACCGAGGUGUGCGGUUUCAAGGUCUUCGUGAACCGAAAACGCAAAAUUGACGACCCCGCAUUCCGACAAAAGCUGAAGGAGAAACAGAUUGAGAAGAAAAUUGCGAAACGCGACGCUAAACGACUAAAAGAGGCACUCAAGAGAAAAGGAAAAUCCGGCAAAAAAGCAAAAAGUAACAAAAUUGUCGUAUCGGGAAUACCGGAAGAUGUCACAGCGACCAAAUUAAAGGAAAUUUUCAGCACAAGUGUGGAGUUUCAGUAUCGCGAAAAACCGAAUAAAGUUGCUUUUGUCACAUUUUCGACGCCGGAAGAGGCAACAAAGUUCAUCAAAAAUCAUCCAAAAGUCGGAGAACGAGAAUUGGCAAUUCGACCAAUGUUGGUGGUUAAGAGAAAAAAGAAGCAAUUUAAGGGAAAAAAAGAGAAAAAAGCUGAAGAAGAAGUUGUCGAAGAGAAAAUUGAAGUAGAAAAAGUGCCCAAGACGAAGAAAAAAGCAAAAGAGCUCCCAAAAGUGGAGAAAAAAGGAAAAGAAAUGCCGAAAUCCAAGUCAAAAGAUAAAUUUGUGAAGAAACAAAAGUCGCCAAAGGCAACAAAGACACCGAAAGGCAAAAAAAUCAACUAUGUCUCGCUGAAAAAAACCCUAGAAUAGUUUUUAAAUGUAAAAAAAAA